GUUGAAUAUGUAGUGACCAAUUAGAAUUUGAGGCGCUACGUCCAUGGGUAAGCGGCGUGGUUCCAGAAAGAAAGGUAGGAUGUUUCCCCUGAAAGUCACCAAUAAGUGUAGGAUGUGUUGAGUUUGAUGAUGGGGAAGAUAUGGUGGACGUUAAAAUCCUGAAUACAGGGCGCGUGAAUUUGAAGAACAAGCAUCGACGUCUUAAAAAGUCAUUGAAAAAUCUCGACAGCGUACAUUUUCUCAAUGUUUGCAGUGAUUAUUUGGUUGCAAAAUCACCAGAAACUGACAAGGUAUUGCCGGAUAUUUUGCCACACUCGUGUAGCAGCGCUGAACUUCUUAAUCUUCUCAGUACUUUCGUAAAUAGGUACAUCGAUGUAUUUAACGCAAAACUAUCAAGAAUUGAGUUGCGUCAGUUUUAUGAUACUAUGGCGUAUGUUACUUUUCAGAUUGCCCCAUACGUUUGUCAACCUGCAGUUGAGAAAUGCUCCGACAAAAGUUUUCGGCCCAAGUAUCAACCUUUGUGGGGUGUGUAUGAACGUUUUGCUGUUAAUCGCCUGCCCGGUGGUUUUCCUCUUCCUUCAUGGGCCUGGUGUGCAAUCAAAGAAGAGUCAAUGCCUAAAAAGUCCAGAAAUUCUUCUAGUCUGCCAAAACAAGAUCGGAAACUGUUGAAAGCACUUAAAAGCUAUCAAACAGGACAUAUACAAAGACUGGUAUCGGUUUCACGCUCAGCUUCUAGCGCACCAGACCGUUGGAGAAGUGGCAUACCAGCUCCACCAAUGGCUAGGAUGGAAUGUCGUGGAGUCGACCAGGUCUUAGGUUUGCUUUGUCGCUUACCAGAUCUUAUACAUGUAAAGAAUGACAAGUAUUCACAUUUAGAUGUGAUAUCAUCUGAACCACCAGUAGUGUGUCUACGAUAUUCUUGUAUCGCUGCGGAGUUAGUCCCAAAGGACACUCGCCCUAGUGACCUGGAAAAUGUUUCAGAUCAGUUGUUAGAUAUCGCUCCUUAUGGCAAGUUUGUUGUUCGUUUGGUUAAUCGAACGCUCAUAUUACACCAUAUGGGUAAAAUUAUACAAGAAGACCUUUGCCUUACACCACUGCCGAGUUCAUAUGUUCAGGUAAGUCGUAUUACUUUACUAGGCUUGCUAAAAGAUACCACUAGUAUAUAUGUUUAAUCAAGAACUUUAUAUGACAGGUGGUCAAACUAAGUUUCUGGAAGCCUGAGAUUUUGAAUUGGCAUUUCUAUCUUAACUAAAGUCGUUAAUAUUAGCGGUCUUCUGCAAGAAUGAUCUUAAGAGACACUCGUCUCCAAUCAUAACUUGCUACAUUAAAGUCUGGCUGUUUGAGUCGAACUGUAUUCGCAGUUUGAUAUAGAAGUCCAGAUACACGAUGUGAAACAAUUUUCACCAGUAAGUAGUUUAGUUUCAACUAGGUUUCCACACGUACAUGUGCAUGUACACUUCUUGUAAUACUCCUUUCCACGUAACGAAAAAAUUUGGUCAUUUUUAUAUCCUGUUUUGUCUCUGUCAAUACUUGUCCACUGGUAUGCUUUUUGACUAAUAGUAAAUGUUGGUGUUAUGCUGUCAUUUAUUUUAUGAGACUUUAUUUGUUUAGAUGAAUUUUGAUUUUCCUAUUAGUUAAUGUAACCGCAAUGUCCGGUCUCUGUUGACAUGUCAACUCCUAGUUACGGAUGCUUCAAUUUUAUUGGAUGAUUAACAUGGAGUAAUUUGGUGGAUGGUGACUUGCAGGGAAAUCCAGGAUGCACAUUUCCUCCUACUUGAAACUCGUCUGCUAGUUGUGCGUGUAAUCCUCAGUAAGUGAUGUCCCCACUGAAACUCGAACCUAAUACCCUUCGCUUCAAACGCUAGAGCGUAAUCCACUAGGCAUGUCAACAAAGGUCGAACAUUUCGGUCCUGUCAGUCAACGGGAAAAUCAAAAUUGAGUUGAAUAAUAACUGAUGCGCUUUGCACACAAGAUGGCUUCCGUAGCCCAAGUGGUCUAGUGAAUUUGAAACGAAGAGUGUUGGCCUGGAAUCUCAGUGGGAACAUCACUCACUGACGAUUACACACUCACAACCACCUAAGGAGCUCCAAAUAGGAGGAAAUAUGCAUCCUGAAUUUCACUGUUAGUCACUAUCCUUCAAGCUGUUUCAUGAAAUAUUAUUGUAAUGGUUUUACUCAAAUAAUAGGAAACUAGAUUUUGCGGAAAAGACUUGUGUUUGGUGAUAUUGUAAUCAUCGGUAGGAUUUUGUGCUUUAACAUCCCUGGUUUUGACGACGUAUUAGCUUUAAAAAUGUUUCGUAGACACAUUCAGUUAGAUUACGUACUCUUAGAGCUUACUACCUUUCAUUGAACAAAUUCUUAGCUUUCUCAGCUGAGUAGCACUUCCAACCGCUCUUAUCAGUAUUCAUUAGAAUUAAUUUUUUCUUUAAUUGUAUUAACACUUGUUUUUACUACUUUUGUAAUAUCUGUAGUGAAUUUAUAAGAUACAUAACGUCUAAAAGAGGGAAUCUGAUCAGUAUUCCGCAUAAUAUAAAUUACUCUUACUCUAGAUCACUAUUGCCAGUUGUCGAAACUGUGACCGAAAUGCAAUUUACUUCUAAUCUUACAUCUUGUGAACUUGAUUUAAAACUAAAUUUAUGUAGUGAUCUCACUUUGCUUGUUUGUAACAGUACCAUUGCUUUGCAUGUAGGUAUAAACUACUCAGUGAGAUACUGAUUUAGCUUUUACGACAUAAUGAGGCCUAUAAAUAUAUACUGAACAUCUGCAUUAUACUAUUUCAAUACAGAUAAAGUAGGGUUUAGUCACGAAAUAAAAUGUUUG